UAUUUUAAGAUUUUUUAUUUUUAUGGUUCAAUGUUGAUAAAUGUCCCCCACCCCGGUGUGGGCGGGGUCCUGACUAUUUUCUUAGGUAGCCCGUUAAAAUGCCCGAACUCAAAACACUUCUUUUUCCAAGAUGGCGUCGAUGAAGGACAGCGACACCGGCCUGUGGCUUCACAACAAACUGGGAUCCACGGACGAGCUCUGGACGCCUCCGAGCAUCGCUUCUCUCCUCACAGUGUCUGUAAUUGACAACAUACGGCUGUGCUUUUCGAGCUUAUCGCCGCCAGUGAAGCUGAAACUCCUGCUCGGGAUGCUGCAUCUUCCCAGGCGGACCGUUGACGAGAUGAAGGAGGCCCUGUCGGAGAUAAUCCAGCUGGCUACGGUGGAUUCAGAGCCCUGGGUGCUGAUGGUUGCAGACAUCCUCAAGUCCUUCCCAGAGACCGGCUCUCUCAAUCUGGACUUGGAGGAGCAGAAUCCAAAUGUGCAGGAUAUUCUUGGAGAGCUCAGGGAGAAAGUGAGCGAGUGUGAGGCGUCUGCCAUGCUUCCUCUGGAGUGCCAGUACCUGAACAAGAGUGCGUUAACCACUCUGGUGGGACCCCUUACACCCCCCGUCAAACAUUUCCAGCUGAAGAGGAAGCCCAAGAGUGCAACCCUCAGAGCAGAGCUGCUACAGAAAUCCACAGAGACAGCCCAACAGCUGAAAAAGACAGCCGGAGUGCCUUUUCACGCCAAAGGGAGAGGAUUGGUCAAAAAGAUUGAUACUACUACUCCUCUCAAGGGGAUCCCCAAGGCCCCGUUCCGCAGCCCCACUGCCCCCAGUAUGUUCAGCCCUCCCAGUAACCGCACACCUAUUGCUCCUGCACGGACGCCCCUGCGUAAGGAGAGGGGGGUCAAGCUGUUAGAUAUUUCAGAGUUGGAUAUGGUCGGAGCUGGAAGAGAAGCUAAGAGGAGAAGAAAGACUUUGGAAACGGAGGCCGGAGAGAAAGCAGCCAAAGAAGAAGCAGUGGUGGAAAACACCACACCCGACUACGCUGCCGGCCUCGUCUCGGCACAGAAACUGGGGGCGUUGAACGAGAAUCCUCUGCCGUCAACCAGCUACCUUCCAGCCACACCCAGUAUGGUUCCCUCCUCCUCUUACAUUCCCAGCUCCGAGGCGCAGCCAGCGAAUGCUGGUGGUUCGGGACGGGACACGCUGCAGUCGGCUCGCCAACCAGAGGAGUCAGCAACAGCGGGCGCUGGCGCCACCGCCACCUUACCAGGCCAGUACAAACAGAGGACGCCUAUGUACAACGCAAGCAACACGGCGAAUCCCGCAACCCCAACGUCCCCCAGCACGCCGGUCUCCACCCCCGCCAGUAACGGGCCCCCAGCAGCUGCGACUGCCAGCCAACCGGAGACCCCCAUCCAGCCUCCCAGCACACCUCAGACCCCCACCCCAACACCAACCCCUACGGCACCGCAGCCCCAGCCCAAAAAGAAUCUGUCACUCACGAGAGACCAGAUGUACGCUGCCCAGGAGAUGUUCAAGACGGCCAACAAGGUCACCAGACCAGAGAAGGCCCUCAUCCUGGGCUUCAUGGCUGGAUCCAGAGAGAACCCGUGCCCGGAGCAGGGGGACAUCAUCCAGAUCAAGCUGAGCGAACACACAGAGGUUCUGCCCAAAGCCGACGGCACCGGCAGCACCACCAUGCUGGUAGACACAGUCUUCGAAAUGAACUACUCCACAGGACAGUGGACCCGCCUCAAGAAAUACAAACCCAUCACCAACACCUCCUGAGGCGCUUUGCUUACUCAAAAUCACACAUCCAAAAUUUCUUAUCCACUUAAAAAAAACAACAAAAAAAAAAAACAUGUUUACACAAGUAUUUGCUUACACAUUUGGGCCAAAUCAAGCACUGGGCGGGUGAGAGAUCGUCAAGGAGAGAUAAGGCCUCCCUUUUCCUGCACCGCCAAAAUGCAGGACUCUUUGAAGAAUAUUUCUGUACUUUUUGUUUGGUUGUUUCCCUUAACAUUUUUAUUGUUUCAGUUUUUAAGUCACCUCCGAUUCCUGAAUGAUGCUGUGGUCAGGAGGGGUGAGAGUUAUACGAGUCUGAGCGGAGGAAGUAUUCUCACAGCAGGCACCUUUCAACAUUUGUACUGAGGUACAAGCAAGUCACGUGUCCAGAAAGACGAAAAGACAAGCUGUCUGUAUUUUUCUGAAUGAAUGUGAUAUUCGCAGCUUAUCUUUGACCUUUCAGAACAGAAUCAUGAUUAGUGACAAACAGAGAGAACAAUAAUGACAGUCAUCAUAGAGGUGACUAAAACAACGAGCGGUGAAUAGUUCUCAGUACUGUCAAGUUCUGUUUGGAGCCUUCUGGUAGAUUAAUAAUUUUUCAUCCUUUUUCAAAAGAAGGGAAGAAAAUAAAGUGACAACAGACUCCA